AUGUUGUUUUACCAAAUUUCUAAAAAAGAAGUGAAGAAAGAACCUACCUGCCAGGAAGGGACGUUGUGGGGCACAGCAUCCAGUCAGGUCAGGGCUCUGCAUCCCGUGCUCAGAAACCUUCGCCUCCUGGCUGGUGGUGAUGCUGGCAGCGGGGCAGCCAUAGACAAGGCGCUCUUGGCUCCAGGCCUCGCAGAGAAGCUGGGGAGGUGCCCGGAGGAGGUGGGCCACACCCUGGCAGGAACUGGCUGGCUCCCGCACUCAGCUUUGAGCAGGCGCUGGCCUCUGGGACCCAGGGCAAAACACACUCAAGUGCGGAGGGGGAUGCAGGAUCAGUGCCUGGGCAGGGAGAGCUCUGGAGGAGGAGGUCUCCGCACUGCGGCCCAGUCUCCGCCCAUCUGGUGCCAAACACCUGCCACCCACAGCCAGAAGUCCCAGCUGCUAGAAAGUCCAGAAGGGGUCGAGCCCUGGGGCCCAGCCCUUUGCCCUUUGGCGCGGUUUCUUCAUCUGCUGGGCUUGCGUAUGGGCAAUUUACUUUGUACAUUUCGUACCCGCCUCCGCCGCAGGCCCCAGCUGGGCUGUCGCCCACUGGCUUUGCCCCCUCGGGAUGCUGCCACGUCUGACAGGGACCACCCCGCUGCUCCAGCGCCUGCCUUCUGCCCAGGUCACAGGCUGCUCCACCGGGAUCGAGUGCCUUUAUCCUCUGGCUUUUACAUCGCGCCAAAAAUGCAGUAUCCCAUUCAGCAGGGCAGGUACUCCAGUCUGGGAAUUCUUCCCUUGGUGAGGUGGAGGGACUCGCCAAAGAAGCCCGUGCUGUCUGCUCAUAAUUCCAUGAUGUUCGGUCAUUCGAGAACCAUCAAGAUCCCUCCACCGGGGCGCAAGUUUACUCUCCUGCAUGCAGCACCUGAGCAGGUAGUCAGGGCUAGGAAGGCGGUACCAUCCAGGGGGCUCCCACUUCCUUCCCCAAAGGAGAGUGAGGCGAAGGUCCAAGAAGAGCCCAGAAAAGGCAGGCCAAAGAAGGAGGAUCCCACAAGGUCCGAAGAGCAGGACGGUGGGAAGACGGGCUGCAGCAGUACAGGGGGUAUCCCAUUGACAUCUGGGCCCCAGGAGACCAAUGGAGUCCUCACUUCCCUCGAGGGUAGUUCUGAGCCUCUGCACCUCCUUCCGCGGCACCCAGGAGGCAAGCUGAGUGAGAGCGCCCGGAUGUCUCCAACGAGCUCCGCCUCAGAAAGCCAGGCCAUCCGCUCCCGCUGCCCUGCUGGAGACGUCCUGCCCCCUGGGAAGCCUCAUCCCCCUGCCGCGGGGCUCUCUGCCCCAGCCCCAUGCUGCUCCCUGCUGCCGGAGAGGCCAACCCAAGAAGCGCUGGGUGGAGACCGCCAGCCCGGCUCACCAGCCUCCCGGAUGUCUGGGAAGGAGCUGCAGGGUGAAACAUCUUCAGACAACCCAUCCAGAAGCUCUCCUUCCCUGGCAUCUACCAGCAGCAGGCCCUGCAAGCGGAGGAUUCCGCAGCCGCAUCUUCUGCCGCUGCCGCCCCCGCUGCUGCACUGGGGUAGAGGUGAGCUGCCCCCGCCCCCCAAGCUUCCACGCAUAGCUCCUGCCGAACACCCGGGCACCUUGGAGAACAGCACUGGCUGUCAGCGGAACAAGAGCCCGAAGAACAUAAGGAAGGUCAAGGAAGACGGCAGUGCCCCUCAGCCGGCCCCUUCUCUCUCCCCACCUGCCGCAGAGACUGCAGGCUCCCUGCCCACGGCCACUCACUCGCACGGCCCUUUUCAUUCAGUCAUAGUCACACCACCUCUUAUUUCUGACCUCCCCACACCUCCUAGCAUCCCGCCUUUCUUCUUCCAGCCACCUUCCUACAAAAAGGAAUCCCCAACACCCAUGUGUGUAGAUUCUCCCCCUCCUUCAUACUUACCUACCCCUCUUCCAGUCCCUCGCAGCAAUCCCCCUCCUUUAUCUGGGCAGCCCACCACUUCCAUGACAAUCCUUUCCACCAUCACAGGCAUGGCAUCUGGAAGUCUGACUUCCCAGCCCCCUUUAGGUGACAUGGACACCACUCCCCCUUCCCAAGCUGUCAUUUUGAGGUCUCCCCCAGGUUUCAGGGGGGAGCAGAGGCACCCUGCAGAGGUACCAGUCUCUAUCACCCCACCAGGGCUGAUGGUCCCUUGUCCCAGCCCAACUUUUGGCCAUCCCUUUGGCCCCCGAACCAACCCUCAGCCCACAUUUGGGACCUCUGAUGAGCAGCAGAGAGCCUCUCUCCCUGGUGCUCCUGUUUUCCCCAGCCGCCCAUUUAUGGAUUCGGCAGUCACUGCUGCUCUAGUAGGCAGAAGCUCUGCAAACAUCCAGCCAGCCUUUGACAACAAUGCUAUGGAUACCACCCCUCCCUCCCAGGCUGUCAUUUUCCAGGCUGCCCCUGUCUCCAGGGAGAACCACUAGCCAUUUCAUGUGGCUGGUCCUAGUUCUGAGAACACACCACCCAGUGCCCCAGCACGAGAUAAAGCCCCAGCCUCUCCUGCAGUCCAUCCACCAAGAGCCAGCAUAAUGCAGUCAGCUUUGCCAGGUUCCCUGUCUGCCACCACCAUCAACACACAGCCAGCCUUUGGCGACAACCCAGGUAUUCUCCCCAGGGCUGUAUCCACUACCACCGGCUUUGGCGUUGCCACCGGGGUGCCCAGCACUGGGGACAGCAGCUCGCUGUUUUCCAACACCACACCAGGCCCACUGUUGAUGGGACCUGCAGUCCUUAAGGCUGGUGGGAGUGAGGUGACCUGGGAUCCACCUGACCACAGCGCGGCUGCUGCAGCAGGAGGGGCAAACACUGGCCCAGCAUUUGGGCACAUAGCUGGUUCCACCUUGAAUCCAAAUACCUGGGGCCUACCUGGGCCGAAUACAGGUGCAAUGGUGAUGGAAGGGCAUGGGGACCCUAGUGUUCCCACUUUCCGUCACUGCACCCGGGGCCCACUUAGACACAGAAAAUCUAAGUUUAAAAGAUCCAUCACCAGGAAGAAGAAAUCUGUGUCAAGGGACAUGUCAAUUUCCAUCGUCUAUCAGAACCACACCACAUCCGCUGGAGUUGCAAGUGCGGGCAUCACGCCUGGGUUUGGACACGCUUCUAGGGCUACGUUAGUUCCAAACACAGGGGUCCACCCAUCCAGAAUCCAGCUGGUGGUGGUAUAG